AAACCGGAAACGGAAACCCGGUGCUAUGCUAUCAACACAACUAUAUUUGCUAUCAAUACGCCGAGAAAACUAGCAUCCUGAUGCCAUCAUUGCUCUAAGACUAAGGAUUUGCUUAAAUGUAAUUAAUUGUGACUACAGUAAUGAAUUUGCUGUGUGUUAGCUGCUAAGCUAACGUUAGCUUAACUUUGUUCCACAGUUAGCUUGGCUGUUGGUGCUGUUUUGUUGACGCCUAGCUGCACAGAGGAAUCUGAAGUUGUCAACCAGUGUAAGGUGUGAUCAUGGCCGACCCUGCGCGGAUCAAACCUGAGGCUUUAUCUGAGAGAAUCACUUCUUGUAAGGAGGAGGAUGAUAAAUCAGAUGAGACUGAGGAUGGACCUUCCACAUCGAAAGCUGCAGAUGAAAACAAACACUCUUCUUCGCAAGAUCAGUCCAACCAGGAUGUUAAAUCCGAAAUGGCAGCUGGGGAAGAUGAGGAAGAAGGUGAAUCUUCCUCUAAAAGACCGAAGGUGGAACCAGAGAAGAAAAAAAAGUGCCAAAAGGUUGAUGAGGAUGAAAUACAAAAGAUGCAAGUUUUAGUGUCAUCCUUUUCUGAAGAGCAGCUGAAUCGCUAUGAGAUGUACAGACGCUCUGCCUUCCCUAAGGCGGCUAUUAAGAGGCUGAUCCAGUCCAUAACAGGAUCAUCAGUGUCCCAGAAUGUGGUGAUUGCCAUGUCUGGUAUUUCCAAGGUUUUUGCUGGAGAAAUUGUUGAAGAAGCAUUGGACGUUUGUGAGAAGUGGGGAGAGACACCACCGCUUCAGCCCAAACACAUGAGAGAAGCCGUGAGGAGGCUAAAGACUCGAGAUCAGAUUCCCAACACCAAGUUCAAAAAAAUUACCUUCAACUGAAGCGUCUUUGCUUUCAAUGUAUGGGGAGCAUGCGUGCGAGUUAAAAAAAGUUGUGCCAUAGCUUCUGAAAGACUUGUCAUAAAGCUGUAGGCAUACUGCAGCCAAAUAGACACUGAGCAUUUCGAGCUAUCCAGAGUUAAAACCAGUGACAGACAAUAGUGUUAAAGAAUGGUCAAUACAAAUUACUUGUCUCUUCACCUCUGAUUGUCAGGGUGAAUGCUUGACACAUCAUACAAAACUGUGCAAAGAGUGUGACAUUAUAUUCAUGUUUAUGGUUGUUAAUACAGUGCGUUUUAUACAGUU